AUAGAUUGCGCCACCGGUCAGUCUCUCUCAAGUGGCCUCGCCUCACCCGCAUCGCCUUAAAAAAAAGCCUCCCUCUGCCUCCGGGCGGAGCUUUCGAAGCUCCCCUUCCCCCCCUCCCCCUCGCAACCAUCACCGCCGCCCACCGUUCCCACCGCCGCCGCCCCCUCUAUAUCCCCCCUCUCCCCCUCGCAUGCCACGCUCGCCGCGGACCACGACUCCCAGUCCUCCUCCUCCUGCCCGCGAGUGACUCCCUCCUCUAUCCCUCUGUCUCGUGCCCCUGUUGCUGGACGAGGCCGCCUCCGCAGCAGCAGUGUUAGUGUCAGUAGCAGCGAGAUCUCCGGCCAUGGUCGCCGCCUCCGGCCUCGCGCCGCCGCGGGCCGCGGCCGUCGUCCCCUGCACGCGCGCGCGCGGCGGUGGGCAGCACCACCGGGUCGGCUUCUCCCGAUCCCCGCCGGUGGCCGCGGCAUCGGCGGUGGCGGCGAAGCUCCGGUGCUGCGCCUCCGCCGUCGACGACAGCGCGGUCGCGGCAGCGGCCCCCAAGCCCCGCCUCCCCAGGGUGGUUGGUAUGGGUUCAAAGCUCAUUGGAUGCGGAUCGGCCACUCCAGCACUCUGCGUUUCAAAUGAUGACCUCUCAAAAUUAGUUGAAACAUCAGAUGAGUGGAUCGCAGCUCGGACUGGGAUUCGGAACAGGCGUGUUCUUUCAGGGGAUGAAACACUAGGCGGUCUUUCGGUACAGGCAGCACAAAGGGCCCUUGAUAUGGCUCAAGUAAGAGCUGAAGAUGUCGACCUUGUUCUUGUUUGCACAUCUACCCCAGAUGAUCUUUUUGGAGGUGCUGGUCGGGUGCUGGCGGAGCUGGGGUGCACAAAUGCAUUUGGCUUUGAUAUUACUGCUGCCUGUAGUGGAUUCAUUGUUGGUUUAAUUACAGCUACCCGUUUUAUCAAAGGUGGGGGUAUUCAGAAUGUCCUAGUAGUUGGUGCAGAUGCUCUUUCGCAUUAUGUGGAUUGGACAGACAGAGGUACUUGCAUCCUCUUUGGUGAUGCUGCUGGUGCUGUUUUGGUCCAGGCAUGCAAUGCUGAUGAAGAUGGCUUGCUAGGUUUUUCUGUGCAAAGCGAUGGCAAUGGACAAAAGCACCUGCAUUGUUCAUCGUCGAACACUGAGGACGUCUUGUCGAAGACCAAUGGUGCCCCUACCUUCCCACCAAAGAAGGGGACCUUCUCAUGCAUUGAAAUGAAUGGAAAGGAGGUUUUUCGCUUUGCCGUACGUUGUGUGCCACAGUCCAUUGAAAGGGCAUUAGAGGAGGCUGGUCUACCUGCCUCCAGUAUUGAUUGGCUGUUGCUGCACCAAGCUAACCAACGGAUUAUCGACGCUGCCGCUAACCGGUUAGCUAUCCCAUCGGACAAAGUUAUUUCAAAUCUUGCUAAUUACGGCAACACCAGUGCAGCGUCCAUCCCAUUAGCGUUGGAUGAGGCCGUUCGCGGUGGGAAAGUGAAGACAGGUGAUAUUAUUGCAGCAUCCGGUUUUGGAGCUGGGCUUACCUGGGGUUCAGCCAUCGUCAAAUGGGGCUAAUUGUUCUUCAUGCUGAACUACCAAACCCAAAGCUUUUGCCACAUGGCCCUAGGUUUAAGCCUUUACGGGGUCAUUUACGCUUUCCCUGUCCAAAAAGUUUCUUUUAUCUCCAUCGUUUUUCUUGCACAUGAACACAGUGGCACUUUGCCUUAUUCAUCUAUUCCUUUGGCCCUUUACACAGCUCAGUUGUCAUUGUGGUUACUGGUUACUUGGUUAGCAGCGAGUCUGUAUUGUACUAGUUCUCUGUAGUUUGAGUGGUGGGCGGGAUUAUUUUGAACCUCGGAUGGAAAUUAGCUGGUAUCGGGGGGAGAUUACAAUGUAAAGUGUUAAUGGGCCUUCUUAGCAAGGUUUUGCCUGGAAAUUCCAUUGAACUGUGGUCGAUGUCACGGCCUUCACGGCCUUCAUAGAUUCCAUUGAACCUUGGCUAUCUGGAAUAAGCAUGUACAAGGACACUAAUGGUUAUGGACAUUGUAGUGUGGCAAAUGCUUUGUAA